AUGUUCCAUCAAGUCCUCAUCCGUGAAGCAGAUCGAAGCGCUCAACUUUUCUACUGGCGGGACUCCCCAGAGAAACCGCUCGAAACUAUGGUGACCGACGUCGCCAUUUUCGGCGCUAGUUGCUCCCCCGCUCACUCCCAGUAUGUUAAGAAUCUCAACGCCACCGAGCACGAAGCCGAGUUCCCCAGGGCAGCUGACGCAAUCCGGACCAAGCAUUACGUCGAGGAUUACCUGGAUAGUGUCGACACCGCCGAAGAAGCAGCGGCAAUUGCGCUUGAGGUUGCUGAUGUUCACGCUAAAGCUGGGUUUCACAUCCGGAACUGGGUCUCCAACGACGACUCGGUGUUGCAGAAAAUCGGUACAGUCAACCCAACUACAGUUAAGCGGUUCGUGAUGGACAAAGAUUGCGGUUUCGAGCGGUUACUGGGUAUGGUUUGGGUGCCGGAUGAGGACGUGUUUACGUUUCGCUUGAACUUCCGGAGAGACCACGCAAAGUUGCUGACUGGAGAGGAGAUCCCUACGAAGCAACAGGCACUGAGCAUCGUAAUGAGCAUUUACGACCCGACCGGAUUCUUAGCAGCAUUCAUCGUACACGGCAAGAUUAUCCUCCAGGACGUCUGGCGAUCACGCGUGGACUGGAAGCAAAAAAUUCCAGACGAACUGUUCCAGCGUUGGAGACAGUGGAUUGCGCUCCUUCCGAAGAUAGAAGAUCUGAAAAUACCCCGUUGCUACUUCCCUGGUUACCACCCUGACAGCCUGCGGUCACUGGAACUUCACGUCUUCGUCGAUGCAAGUGAAUCGGCAUACUCGGCCGUCGCGCACUUCCGAAAGCGCGUACGCUGUGCAUUCGUGUCGAGCAAAACGAAAGUUGCACCAUUAGAGCCGCUCUCCAUCCCGCGGCUCGAGGCUAACGCAGGUGUACUGGGUGUUCGUUUGCGCAAGUCCAUAGUGACCGGCCAUUCCCUACCCAUCACACGGACUCGUUUUUGGACCGACUCGAAGACGGUUCUCCAAUGGAUUAGGUCCAUGGACCUUCGGCGCUACCGUCCGUAUGUGGCCUUUCGAGUAAACGAAAUACUGUCCAUGUCAGCGGUCGAAGAGUGGGGGUACUGCCCAUCCCGUUUGAAUGUGGCAGAUCUCGCCAAAAAGUGGGGUAAGCAAGGCCCACCGUUGGAUAUCGCCAGUCCGUUUUACCAAAGCCAAGAAUUCGUAUACGAUGACCCUUCUGAAUGGCCAGAACCCUGCGACGAGAUGGUGGAGCUUGCGCCAGAAGAACUAAGGUCGGCAUUUGUAUUCGCGCACUUCGUUUUGAAGCCAUUGGUCAAAUGGGAGCGAUUCUCAAAGUGGGAGCGGCUUCUUCGUGCCAUGGGGUACGUGCAUCGCUUUAUUGAUCGCAAACUGAACCGAGCGAAGAAGCCGUGGACAACCGAUUUAACGCGAGAAGAGCUGCAGCAAGCAGAAAGGAGCCUGUGUCGAAUAGCACAAUCUGAUGAAUACCCGGACGAAGUUGCUACUUUGAACCAGAAUCAACGUGUUCCAGCCGAACAACGGCGACCCUUGGAGAAAUCAAGCAACAUCGUGAAGCUCUGCCCGAUGCUGGACGAAGCAGGAGUUCUACGAGUAAAAGGGCGCAUUCAAGCCGCCGACUUCGUUCCCUACGACGCCAGGCACCCGGUCAUCCUUCCCCGAGAUCAUCCAGUGACAGCGUUGCUUUUGGAUUACUACCAUCGGCGGUUCCAACACGCAAACAAUGAGACCGUUGUCAACGAAGUGAGGCAAAAAUUCAGCAUCUCGAAACUGCGGGUUCAAGUGCGUCUAACACAGAACAACUGUGAAUGGUGCAAGGUGUACAAUUCAGCUCCAAUCGCUCCGCAAAUGGCCCCACUGCCCCGGGCUAGGCUGUCUCCGUUUUUGCGUCCUUUCACAUUCACCGGAGUGGAUUACUGGACCAUAUUUGAUCAAAGUUGGAAGAAGCGUUGCCAAGAGAUGGAUAGCACUUUUACGUGUUUGACAAUAAGGGCCGUUCAUCUGGAGGUCGUUGCGGGUUUGUCAACUGACUCGUUCAAGAAAGCUAUGCGGAGAUUCAUCGCGCGUAGGGGAGCUCCUCAAGAAAUCUACUCGGACCGCGGCACGAACUUUAUCGGAGCAAGUGGUGAGUUAGCAAAGGAAAUCGUUCUUAACAUCAACCAGGAGCUGAGCAGCACGUUCACGGAUGCUCACACGCAGUGGCGCUUCAAUCCCCCGGCAGCACCGCACAUGGGAGGCUCGUGGGAACGUAUGAGAAUGCUGAUCAAGAAUCCCUUACCCCAAUCAUUUCCUGCUGAUGAGCUCGAGCGGCGUGCAACAGCCGGUGAAGGAUCCCGUAAGCGAAGGUGCUGCUUUGAAGAACAGCUGGAACCUGAUUCAGCACGCAUUGGACGAGUUUUGGCGUCGAUGGAUUAA